AUGAAAAAGGCACCACAGAGCCGCAGAAGAAAGACAGAUUUCAACUACAGCGGGGCCCUUCAACAUCAAGUACAUCUUGUCCUCCAUAAUGAUCCAAAACCUGGACCAGUAACUUUUAUUGUUCAAUGCAUGUAUGUGUCUCCAUUAUUUGAAGAUCAUGGUCAAGGAUUUACUCAUCUGAUAGUAUCUGCUCUUCACCGAUUCCUUAAAAGAUCUACCACUACAGAAGACUCAUUGGAAGUGAGAGACUUGGUAGCACAUCUACUUCUAGAUGUUAUUAGGGGCCAGAUCUAUCAUGAUGAAAAGAUAGUCAUGAGACUACUGGAGAUUUUUGAUGUAAAACUAGCAAAUAUUGAGAAAGCAAUGCUCCAAAUUAAGGAAAAACAUGAUUUAAGUUGUGGCACAGCAAAAGAAUUUGUUGAAGAGUAUAUUGUUAUUUUGGUAAAAUCCCAGUUGUACAUGACGGCUGUAACUUUAAUAGAGCAAUUCUCUAUCCAUCAUUAUGGCCAGUCUUUUCUCCUUGAUAUGAUAGAGAGUAAUCAAUUCAAAGCGGCAGAGAAGUGGGCAACAUUUAUGGGGAAACCAAUGUUAUCCAUACUUAUACAUGAGUUUGUUAAGAGGAACAUGCUAAAGAAUGCAUAUGAGAUUAUAAAGAAAAAUAAUCUGAAGCAGGAUUUUCCAGAUGUAUACAAAAGGUCUAAAGAAAGCUCACUAAAAAACUUAGCUGAAAAAGGAUGUUGGGACGUUGCUGAGGCAAGAAUAAACAAUGAUAGACACCUUAUGGAAUAUUUGGUUUAUUUGGCAAUGGAAGCUGGUUACACGGAGAAAGUUGAUGAACUAUGUCAUCGGUAUUCCCUAGACAGGUUUUUGGACAUAGUACCUGAAACAAGUAACUUGCAAGGGCGAUAUCUACGUCUUGCUGAGUUAUUGGUUGAAAACAUCACUUGGGUUGAUGAAGUGGAAGGUUUGCGUGAUGCAACAAGGCAUAUUGAGGGUUUUGUAGUUGUAGGUCUUGAUUGUGAAUGGAAACCCAAUUAUGUAAAGGGCAGCAAACCAAACAAGGUUUCAAUCAUGCAACUUGCUUCUGAAACGAUGGUUUUUAUCUUUGAUCUGAUAAAGUUACACAAAGAAGUACCUGACAUUUUAGAUGACUGUCUUUCUCGCAUUUUGCUGUCACCUAGAAUUCUAAAACUCGGAUAUAAUUUCCAAUGCGAUGUAAGGCAACUUGCUCACUCGUAUGAAGAGUUGAGGUGUUUCAAGAACUAUGAAAUGUUGCUGGACAUCCAGAAUGUUUUUAAAGAGCCCCGGGGUGGUUUGGCUGCGCUUACAGAGAAAAUAUUGGGAGCUAGUUUAAACAAGACACGACGAAACAGCAAUUGGGAGCAACGACCUUUAACUCCAAAUCAAUUAGAGUAUGCUGCUCUGGAUGCUGUUGUUCUUGUUCACAUAUUCCGCCAUCUUCCUGGUCAAGGACAUGAUAAAUCCGAGUGGAAAUCUUGCAUCGUUUCCCGCAGGGAAAACGACAAGAAAUCCAAGAAACAUACACCAAAGGUUGUAGACACUGACAUCGAGACCAGCAAACAUUCAUCAUUUUUUUAA